AUGGAGCUGUUCCUCAACCUUUCCAUAGAAACCUGGGUGCUCCUGGCUACCAGCCUGGUGCUCAUCUACAUAUAUGGGACCUAUUCUCAUGGGACUUUUAAGAAACUUGGAAUUCCUGGACCCAAACCCCUGCCUUUAUUUGGCACCAUUUUUGACUAUCGUGAUGGUACAUGGAAAUUUGAUGAAGACUGCUAUAAAAAGUAUGGGAAAAUAUGGGGGUUUUAUGAUGGUCGACGGCCUGUGCUGGGUAUUGCGGAUCCAGAGGUCAUCAAAACAGUGCUGGUGAAAGAAUGCUACUCCAUCUUCACAAACCGUCGGUCUUUUGGGCCAGUGGGAUUUAUGAAAAAGGCCAUCACUGUAUCUGAAGAUGAAGAAUGGAAGAGACUGCGAACACUGCUGUCUCCAACAUUCACCAGUGGAAAACUCAAGGAGAUGUUCCCCAUCAUCACACAGUAUGGAGAUACGUUGGUGAAAAACUUGAGACGAGAAGAAGAGAAAGGGAAGCCCAUCAAUACAAAAGACAUUCUUGGAGCUUACAGCAUGGAUGUGAUCACUGGUACAUCAUUUGGAGUGAAUGUCGAUUCCCUCAACAACCCAGAGGAUCCCUUUGUGCAGAAAGCCAAGAAGAUCUUAAAGUUUAAAUUCUUUGAUCCAUUUAUUCUCUCUAUAGUACUGUUUCCAUUCCUUACUCCAAUAUAUGAGCUGUUAAAUUUCUCCAUUUUCCCAAGACAAUCAACAAACUUUUUCAAAAAAUUUGUAACAACGAUGAAGAAAAAUCGCCUUGAUUCAAAUCAGAAGACCCGAAAGGAUUUUUUUCAGCUGAUGAUGAACACUCAGAACUCCAAAGGCAAUGAGUCCCAGAAAGCCCUCUCCGAUCUGGAAAUGGCAGCACAAACCAUUAUUUUCAUUUUCGGUGGAUAUGAAGCCACAAGCACCUCCAUUUCCUUCAUGUUGUAUGAACUGGCCACCCACCCUGAUGUGCAGAAGAAACUCCAGGAUGAGAUUGACAGAGCUCUGCCCAAUAAGGCACCUGUGACCUACGAUGCCCUGAUGGACAUGGAGUACCUGGACAUGAUCGUAAAUGAAACUCUCAGAAUGUACCCGAUUGCUAACAGGCUAGAAAGGGUCUCCAAGAAGUCUGUGGAAAUCAAUGGAGUGUUCAUUCCUAAAGGGACUGUAGUUAUGGUACCAAUCUAUCCUCUUCAUCGGGACCCCGAGUACUGGACAGAGCCUGAGGUUUUCCGCCCUGAAAGGUUCAGCAAGGAGAACAAGGGCAGCAUUGAUCCUUAUGUAUACCUGCCCUUUGGCAGUGGGCCCAGGAACUGCAUUGGCAGGAGAUUUGCCCUCAUCAGCAUGAAACUGGCUGUCAUCAGCAUCCUCCAGAACUUCACCCUCCAGACUUGUGAGCAAACAGAGAUCCACCCGAAGUUCAGCAGGCAACCAAUUCUCCAACCAGAAAACCCCAUCAUCCUGAAGGUUGUAUCAAGAGAUAAACCCAUAACUGGAGCAUGA